CGCCCGUUGUCGACUCUUCAAUGCGUCAUCAUUAUGCGACGAGAGUAACGCGCGGGCAGUUUCAAAACAACUAUAAGUGUUGUUUGUAUUUACGUGUCUGUUAGCGUAACUUAUAAAGUCAGUCAUGUUGAAGAAAGCGCCGAGAGCAGUUUUAAAAUCUCAAAUGAAAAAGAAAUCGGAAAUACGUAUUGGGAAAAACGCAGACUUGAUGGUCCAGCUGAAUCUGCUGCUUGUCUUACAUCGACUGGCAGAAGAGUCCAGAAUCAAGGCCUUUGAGGAGAAAAUGGCUACUAUCAAAGUCCACCAUGUUAAAGCUGUUGCAAAGAAAUUGUUGAAGAGCACACGAGGAUGAGGUGGAACACAUUGCAUCCUCUGUGAUCAUGACAGCCCACAGUCUGAGAGAGCCCAGGUAUCCAGUGUACUCCAGACUCACCCUUUCACUGGGGCCAGGACACAUGAGUCAUGCCAUGAGUCAACAUAUGCUUACCAUUUGCUCAUCUUUACCAUAGCACCUUCUUUGUCUUUUAUGAAUUUGACUUUUUUCUUUUUUUUUUUUUUCAGUGUGUAGUCCUAAAAUGUGCAACCUGCAAGAUAGUGUGUAAACCCUCCCUCUCAGUUUAAUUCCCUGUAGAGAUCUGUUCACUUUUUCUCUCCAUUACUGUUGACCUUUUGCUUUAGAGUGGUGUUGGGAAAUAGCUGUGUAUAAACUUUUAGUCCGUGAUUGAUGGUAUCAGGCCUGAAUAUCCGUAGCCACAAAUGUUUUCCUCCUGCAUUUUGGAUUUUUAUUAGUACUUAAUAUGUGUUAAUAAACAAUUUGUGCCACUUAA